UUGCGCAUGCGUCAACGCGUGCGCAUGCGAGUUGAGGCUUAGUGUGGCAACUUUUCACGACGUCAACUUCUCUCGUGACCCCGGGUGGGCCGUCUGAAUGAUUAGAGAGCGUGAGGUCCUGUUCUGAUUCUCCUGUUCAGCGUGGUCGACGUGUUCAGAGUUGACUAUGGCAGAGGCAGACAGACCUGGAAAGCUCUUCAUCGGUGGAUUGAAUACUGAGACUACAGAGAAAGCUCUUGAAAGCUAUUUCAGCAAAUUCGGCCGGAUAUCUGAAGUUCUGUUGAUGAAGGACCGCGAGACAAACAAGUCCAGAGGAUUCGCGUUUGUGACUUAUGAGAAUCCCGGUGAUGCGAAGGAUGCGGUGAGGGAAAUGAAUGGAAAGGCCCUGGAUGGCAAACCCAUCAAAGUAGAACAGGCCACAAAACCCCAGUUUGAGUCAGCUGGCCGUCGAGGUCCUUUGUCGAUGCAUCCACGAAGGGGUUCCCCUCGAGGGCCACGUGGAUCUAGAGGGGGUCCUGGGGGAAUGCGGGGACCACCAAGCAGAGAACCAUUUUUUAAAGGUAUGUCGUCCAGAGGGCCCCCCCAAAAAAGAGGACCACCAAUGCGCAAUGGAGGGCCACCACCAAAGAGACCAGCACCAUCUGGGCCAAUGGGCAGACCCCCAAUGUCUAGGGAUCGAGAUCCUUAUGGUCCCCCUCCUCCUCGUCGAGAUUCAGUUAUGUCAAGGAGGGAUGACUAUCCAUCACCACGUGAUGAUCACUACAGUGUCAAAGACAGCUAUUCUAGUCGAGACUACAUGAGCUCAAGGGACAGCCGGGACUAUGGCCCUCCACCACGUGAUUAUUCUUAUCGUGACUAUCCGUCCCAGUCCAGUUCCAGAGAUGAUUACAUACCAGUGUCUCGAAACUAUAGUGAUCGUGACAGUUAUGGGGGAAGUCGUGAACCUAGAGGCUAUAUGGAGAGAACAAGUGGAGGCUCCUACAGGGAAACCUAUGAUGGUUACGGUAACUCACGCAGUGCCCCACCCUCAAGGGGCCCCCCUCCAUCCUACGGUGGGAGUGGUGGAGGCAGUCGCUAUGACGACUAUGGCAGCAGUUCCAGGGAUGGCUAUGGCAGUCGCGACAGUUACGCCAGCGGUCGGAGUGAGUCGUACUCUGCUAGCCGUGCCGAGCGCCCGGCCAGGCAAGACCUCGAGAGAGGCUACCCUCCUCGCCAAUACAGCAGCUCAAGCCGAGGCGCACCUCGGGGUCGUGGAGCUAAUCGAGCAGAUAGAGGAAUUAACCGAAGUCGGUACUGAAAUGGACUCUGUGCUGGAUAAGGGUUAGGUCAUAUUGUGAGACAGCGGAGAGGCUACAUUUUUAACUUCUAGAUGAACAUUAAUUAAGCUUUGGUUUCAAUUUGUACACAUCCAUGUGAGUGUAACGAUUUGUUUCUCCCCCCCGCCCAUCUCACAGUAAAUAGUACUGUUGCCAAUUUAAGUGAUGAGUGUUUAGUUUUGUGCCCUAGUGAUGUUAAAACCGUGCAAUGCCCGAGUAUUGUUUUCAUUUAUCAAUAAAAGUUUUUAUAAAAACGUUCAUGCCCCACUCAUGUUCGAAGAGGACCCACGUAAAUGAUGAAAACUCGGUUCUUCGCCUCAUUCAUGGUGAGGGAAAGCUUAAGAUUAAUCCAUAUCAAAUUAUGUGGAGAAUCUUGUUGACAAUGUUCAGUCUAUUAAGAACGAGACCAUGACUUUGCCAAACUCUUUAUCAGUAUAAGUUUUCCUCAGUGCAAAUGGAUUCCUCUUCACAAAGCCUAAACAUUGACGGCUUGCAACGACCAAACCAAAGACAAGCAAUAUGCAGGAAACAAUCCAACACCAGAUUAAACCUGACAUCAGCUGGUAAGCAAAGCAAACCCUUUUGUCUCUGGUCUAAGUGAACUUGACUCAGUGGUAUGAGUGAUCUCAACUUCAGGUUAGUUAACACACCAUCUUUAUCCCUUCUGGCCUUACAGAUGAUAACCUGCAAUCUAACCCCGUACAAUUAUUCCAUGCUUGAUCCAAAACAAACAAAAAAAAAAAAAAAAAACAAACAAGACAAAAACCUGCCUGCAACCAAAGGAGUAUUUUUGUUUAAAAAAGAAAAAAAAAAGAGAAAAAAAAAAAUCAGUGGAUCAUUUGAAUUUAAAGGCCCAUAGACUCAGGAAUGAAUGACACAUGGAUUUCCAACUCUCCACCACAACAUUGCAAGUGACACAUGGCAUUUUAAGGAUAUUAAGAUGAAGCCUCCCACCUCUGGACUAUUUCUUCAAUGUAGUAUUAGUCCAUCUAAUUUCAAAUCAUAUCCAAACCAUUGUCAGUGGAACCCUAUUUUAGAUGUUGCCUUAGUAUUUAACAAAAGCCAAAACCGCUCACAAGCAUGCCCAUUCUAACAAAGAAGAAGCCUGGAAAAGCCACUUCUAAUAUUCAGCCUGGAAAAUAACUGGAAGCCAGUCAGUUUGGAUCCUGAUGCAAUAAAUUAUGUACAUUUUAAUAGAGAUAUAUUUAUGACUUGAGCAGUAUAUUAAUCAAAAUUUUUCUUGUUGCAGGAUGACCAUAACAAAAGAGCUUGAUCAACAGGACUAGAGCAUGAAGUUCUUCAGUGCUGAUCUGUGCUUGGUUGUAGCAGAAUAUGCAAAAUGUCUAGCAGUUUGCAGAUCCAGAUCGGAUGCGGCCCCGCUUAAGUGAGUUCUUGUGAUGGAACAGAGUCCACGUCUACAGAGGCACUUUUGAUGGGAUGUGUGUUGGGGGUUGCUUACCUUUUUAAAUAAAAGUUUGCACUACUUUUAAA